AUGGCUAACCUCUUACUCUUCGAACCAAUUUCCUGCACCUACACAUACAUUAUUGGAUGUCGUGCAACUAAUAAUGCUGUAAUCAUCGAUCCUGUUCUUGAAACAUACAAAAGAGACGCCCAGCUUUUGCACGAACUUGGUUUGGAGCCACUUUUUGUCCUAGAUACGCAUGUUCAUGCUGAUCACUAUACAGGAGCUGGACGUCUAAAGACUGUUUUUCCAAAAUUAAAAUCUGUUAUCUCAAAAAAUAGUGGAGCUGAAGCAAAUGUGUACGUUGACGAUGGCGAAGUUGUUAAAUUUGGUCAGGGAGAGAUCGAAGUACGGCUCACACCUGGCCACACUAAUGGCUGUGCUACGUUUGUAGCACACAAACUCAGGAAAGCUUUCACAGGUGAUGCUCUACUUUUCCGUGGUUGUGGCCGAACGGACUUCCAAGAAGGAAAUUCCCGAUUAUUGUACGAAUCCGUCCAUGGUAAAAUUCUUAGCUUACCCGAUGACUAUGCACUACACCCAGGACACGAUUACAAAGGUCACUUGCACACCACAGUUGGUGAAGAGAAGAAAUACAACUUGCGGCUAACAAAAAAAUUGGAAGACUUUGUUGUUCUCAUGGACAACCUAAAUCUUGCUCCACCAAAAAUGAUAGGUAAUGCGGUCCCUGUAAACAAAGCCGGAGGAUCUUUGGAAGUGUUGAGCGAAAUCGAUAAAUCUCGAGCUAAUAAUUAA